GCUUUACUAUCUCGCUCCCCUCUCGCGCCCCUCCUCGCUGGGCAUUCAAACAGCUUUCCGACAUCACCAGCCAAGGAUUUUUUUCCCCCCUCUCCUUAGUCGCGGUCCGUCCAUCAGUACCUGCGGGGGGGAGGAGGAGGAGGGAGGAAAGCGGAAAGAGGAAAAAGCAUAAGCUUGAGCCUUCCGAUCCGACCACGAAUACUCCUGUAAAAAACCCACCGCCCCAACAAAUCUGCUUUAGCAGCCGCUGCUGUCGCUGGUCACUUCUCGUCUCAGCGCUUCCUUUGCUUCUUGGCUAAUCGUUUUGUUGGGGGUAGAUUUGAUAAAACAAAUCGUCGCUUUUAAGCCACUUGCAUUUUUUUGUUGUUGUUGUUGUUUGUUUGUUUCCUUAGAGGCUCUCUACGGGGGGCUUUCUCCUCCCCCCCCCCCCACCCGCCACCUCGGUUGGAGGUUGGAUUCAGUUGGAUUCGGCGUCAGGCUCCGGGGUCCUGGGGGCUUUUUUCUCCCACGCUCCCCUCUUGGAUUUCCCCCCCAUCUUUUGCUUCUCUUAAGUGUGCAUUAAAAAAAAAUAAAUCCUGAUUUUUGAAGCUGAGCCGGGGAAAAUGGGCAACGGUGAUUGGGACCGAAGGGGAGUCUCUCCGUCACUGUUGCUGGGACGCGUGCCUGUGCUGGUGUCUUAGAGCAAGAGCCUCCCUGAGCUUUCGGAGUGGAAGAACAGUGGAAGAGACUGCAGCCUAAAGACUUUUAUAAUUAACUUGGCAUCACUUUUCUCAGCUCAAAGGCUAAACAAAAAAGCAGUGUCAUUUAUUCUAAGAAAUAACUUCUUAAAGGUUAAAGCUGAAAAAAAUUCGAGUUAUUUUUGGAUAACAACUUACAGAGGCCAAAUGACAUAGGAUGAAGGCUGUUCGUAACCUGCUGAUUUAUAUAUUUUCCACCUAUCUCCUGGUUAUGUUUGGAUUUAAUGCUGCCCAAGACUUCUGGUGUUCAACUUUGGUGAAGGGAGUCAUUUAUGGAUCGUAUUCUGUAAGUGAAAUGUUUCCCAAAAACUUUACAAACUGCACUUGGACGCUGGAAAAUCCAGAUCCAACCAAAUAUAGCAUUUACCUGAAAUUUUCCAAAAAGGACCUUAGCUGCUCUAACUUUUCCCUCUUGGCUUAUCAGUUUGAUCAUUUUUCCCAUGAAAAAAUAAAGGAUCUUUUAAGAAAGAAUCAUUCUAUAAUGCAACUCUGCGAUUCCAAGAAUGCUUUCGUUUUUCUACAGUAUGAUAAAAAUUUUAUUCAAAUACGUCGGGUGUUUCCAACCAAUUUCCCAGGAUUACAGAAAAAAGGGGAAGAAGAUCAGAAAUCCUUUUUUGAGUUUUUGGUAUUGAACAAGGUGAGCCCGAGCCAGUUUGGUUGCCAUGUAUUAUGCACUUGGCUGGAGAGCUGCUUAAAAUCAGAAAAUGGGAGAACAGAAUCAUGUGGGAUUAUGUAUACAAAAUGCACCUGCCCUCAGCAUUUGGGAGAGUGGGGGAUCGACGACCAGUCACUGGUUUUGUUAAAUAACGUGGUGUUACCCCUGAAUGAGCAGACCGAGGGCUGCCUGACCCAGGAGCUGCAAACCACCCAGGUCUGCAAUCUUACCAGGGAGGCCAAGCGACCACCCAAAGAAGAAUUUGGAAUGAUGGGAGAUCAUACAAUUAAAAGUCAGCGACCUCGAUCUGUUCAUGAAAAAAGGGUCCCUCAGGAACAAGCUGAUGCUGCUAAAUUUAUGGCACAAACUGGUGAAUCUGGUGUGGAAGAGUGGUCCCAGUGGAGCACGUGCUCAGUUACUUGUGGUCAAGGGUCGCAGGUGCGAACCAGAACUUGUGUAUCACCUUACGGGACACACUGCAGCGGCCCAUUAAGAGAAUCAAGGGUUUGCAAUAACACUGCCCUCUGUCCAGUACAUGGAGUUUGGGAGGAGUGGUCACCAUGGAGUUUAUGUUCAUUUACAUGUGGUCGAGGCCAAAGAACAAGAACAAGGUCAUGCACACCUCCUCAGUAUGGAGGAAGGCCAUGUGAAGGACCUGAAACACAUCAUAAGCCUUGUAAUAUUGCUCUGUGCCCAGUUGAUGGACAGUGGCAAGAGUGGAGUUCGUGGAGUCAGUGCUCAGUGACAUGCUCGAAUGGGACCCAGCAGAGAAGCCGGCAAUGCACUGCAGCGGCUCAUGGGGGCUCUGAAUGCAGAGGGCCAUGGGCGGAAAGCAGGGAGUGCUAUAACCCUGAGUGCACAGCCAACGGUCAGUGGAAUCAGUGGGGUCAUUGGAGCGGAUGUUCCAAGUCCUGUGAUGGUGGCUGGGAAAGGCGAAUGAGGACGUGUCAGGGCGUAGCAGUAACAGGCCAGCAAUGUGAAGGCACCGGCGAAGAAGUUAGAAGAUGCAGUGAGCAGCGAUGUCCUGCACCUUAUGAAAUAUGCCCAGAGGAUUAUCUGAUGUCGAUGGUGUGGAAAAGGACCCCGGCAGGCGACUUGGCAUUCAAUCAGUGCCCGCUGAAUGCCACAGGCACCACGAGCAGACGCUGCUCUCUCGGUCUUCAUGGAGUGGCCUUCUGGGAACAGCCGAGCUUUGCAAGAUGCAUAUCAAAUGAGUACAGACACUUGCAGCAUUCAAUCAAAGAACACCUUGCUAAGGGGCAACGAAUGUUGGCAGGUGAUGGAAUGUCCCAGGUGACCAAGACACUGCUGGAUUUAACUCAGAGGAAAAAUUUCUAUGCAGGUGAUCUUCUGAUGUCUGUGGAAAUUCUCAGAAAUGUGACAGACACGUUUAAAAGGGCAAGUUACAUCCCUGCAUCUGAUGGUGUCCAGAACUUCUUUCAAAUAGUUAGCAACCUUCUAGAUGAAGAAAACAAGGAAAAAUGGGAGGAUGCCCAACAGAUUUAUCCUGGCUCAAUAGAGUUAAUGCAGGUGAUUGAAGAUUUUAUACACAUUGUUGGAAUGGGGAUGAUGGACUUUCAGAAUUCAUACUUAAUGACUGGAAAUGUAGUGGCUAGCAUUCAGAAGCUUCCUGCAGCCUCCGUUCUAACCGACAUCAACUUCCCAAUGAAAGGACGAAAGGGAAUGGUUGACUGGGCAAGAAACUCAGAAGAUAGGGUAGUCAUCCCAAAAAGCAUUUUUACUCCUGUGUCAUCAAAAGAGUUAGAUGAAUCAUUGGUAUUUGUUCUUGGAGCAGUCCUGUACAAAAACUUAGAUCUAAUUUUGCCCACUUUGAGAAAUUACACUGUUGUUAACUCCAAAAUCAUCGUGGUCACAAUAAGGCCUGAACCCAAAACAACUGAUUCGUUCCUGGAGAUAGAACUAGCUCAUCUGGCUAAUGGUACUUUGAAUCCCUAUUGUGUGUUAUGGGAUGACUCAAAAACGAACGAGUCUUUGGGAACGUGGUCCACCCAGGGAUGUAAAACUGUGCUUACCGAUGCAUCCCAUACGAAAUGCUUAUGUGAUCGUCUCUCUACCUUCGCCAUUUUGGCUCAGCAACCUAGAGAAAUAAUCAUGGAAUCCUCUGGUACACCUUCAGUUACCCUAAUAGUAGGCAGUGGCCUUUCUUGCUUGGCCUUGAUCACCCUCGCAGUUGUCUAUGCAGCAUUAUGGAGGUACAUACGCUCUGAGAGGUCUAUAAUUCUAAUUAACUUCUGCCUGUCUAUCAUCUCAUCCAACAUCCUCAUACUGGUUGGACAGACUCAGACACAUAAUAAGAGCAUCUGUACAACCACCACUGCAUUUUUGCACUUUUUCUUCCUGGCUUCAUUCUGUUGGGUUUUGACUGAGGCGUGGCAGUCAUAUAUGGCUGUAACUGGAAAAAUUAGGACACGGCUUAUAAGGAAACGUUUUUUGUGCCUUGGAUGGGGUUUACCAGCAUUAGUAGUGGCCACAUCAGUAGGCUUCACAAGGACGAAAGGAUAUGGCACUGACCACUACUGCUGGCUCUCUCUUGAAGGAGGACUGCUCUACGCUUUUGUUGGACCUGCAGCCGCUGUUGUCCUGGUCAACAUGGUGAUUGGCAUUUUGGUAUUUAAUAAACUUGUUUCCAGAGAUGGGAUCCUAGAUAAAAAGCUCAAACACAGAGCCGGUCAGAUGAGUGAGCCUCAUAGCGGUUUGACGCUCAAAUGUGCCAAGUGUGGAGUAGUUUCGACAACAGCUUUGUCAGCCACCACCGCCAGUAACGCCAUGGCGUCUCUUUGGAGUUCCUGCGUGGUGUUGCCCCUUCUGGCUCUGACAUGGAUGUCUGCAGUUCUAGCCAUGACAGACAAACGCUCCAUAUUGUUCCAAAUACUUUUUGCCGUGUUUGAUUCAUUGCAAGGUUUUGUGAUAGUCAUGGUCCACUGCAUUCUUCGGAGAGAGGUUCAGGAUGCAUUUAGAUGCCGAUUGAGAAACUGUCAGGAUCCGAUCAAUGCUGAUUCUUCAAGUUCUUUUCCUAAUGGGCAUGCUCAAAUAAUGACAGACUUUGAAAAGGAUGUAGACAUUGCUUGCCGAUCAGUUCUUCAUAAGGAUAUCGGUCCUUGCCGAGCAGCAACAAUAACAGGAACGCUCUCUAGGAUUUCUCUAAAUGAUGACGAAGAAGAGAAGGGAACAAACCCUGAAGGGCUAAGCUAUUCCACACUCCCUGGAAACGUCAUUUCCAAAGUCAUUAUCCAGCAACCCACGGGUAUGCACAUGCCCAUGAGUAUGAAUGAGCUGGGCAAUCAGUGUUUGAAAAAAGAGAACAGUGAAUUGCGAAGAACUGUGUACUUAUGUACAGAUGACAAUUUGAGAGGAGCUGAUAUGGACAUGGUCCAUCCUCAAGAAAGAAUGAUGGAAAGUGACUAUAUUGUGAUGCCCAGAAGUUCUGUAAAUACCCAGCCAUCAAUGAAAGAAGAAAGCAAAAUGAAUAUUGGUAUGGAAACCUUGCCACAUGAAAGGUUAUUGCACUACAAAGUGAAUCCCGAAUUCAACAUGAAUCCCCCUGUAAUGGACCAGUUCAGUAUGAACUUAGAUCAACACCUUGCACCCCAGGAACAUAUGCAGAAUUUGCCCUUUGAGCCUCGCACAGCUGUGAAGAAUUUCAUGGCCUCUGAGUUGGAUGAUAAUGCAGGACUAUCAAGAAGUGAAACUGGGUCAACGAUAUCAAUGAGUUCAUUAGAGAAGGUCAUGCAUACAAGGAAGAGGCAUAUGGAACUGUUUCAGGAGCUGAAUCAGAAAUUUCAAACUUUGGACAGAUUUCGGGAUAUACCAAAUACAAGCAGUAUGGAAAACCCAGCACCAAACAAGAAUCCAUGGGACACUUUCAAAAACCCCAGUGAAUACCAACAUUACACCACAAUCAAUGUCUUAGAUACAGAGGCAAAGGACGCUUUGGAACUGAGGCCAGCAGAGUGGGAGAAGUGUCUGAAUUUGCCUCUGGAUGUGCAAGAGGGUGACUUUCAAACAGAAGUUUAGCAAAAUCAAAAUGGACUGAGGUGGAUAUAAAACAAUUUAUUGCACUGACACUUAAGACUUGGGAAGCCUGACAUUUCUAUCUGGACCGUGUGACUAUCCUAUGUCAGGAACUUCAUGUGCCAAAUGUCAGUGGUGUUUGCAUAUGGUAACUUCUCACUAGUCAGGCUAGUGGAGAGAGGACCAGGUGUACAGUUCUGACCAUCCUGUGUUGUAAGUACCCGUGGAAUGGAUUUGUAAGGUAAUCUUUAUAGAUAAACCUCAAGCAACGAUUCAUGUUGUAACCGCUUCAUAUGGUUUAGUUUUCAAAAAACUUCACCAUGAAGCACAAUGUAUAUAUUUAUGCAGUUUUUAAAGUUUAUAACAGUCUGUUUGGCCAUUACUACACUUUUUACUUUAUAAUAUAAAAGCAAAGUUUUUGUCAUUAAAUGAAUGUUUGUUGAGCUACAUUCUUCAUUGCUUUAAAUGCAAUAAAGUAAUAAUCUCACUUUUAUAUGAAUAAUAUAUUUCACAUCUUUAUUAUUGCAGUUUUCUCUAGAAAGCUCUGAGUAGCUUUCUCUGCUGCAACUGUGUAUAAAAUAUUUAAAAUGUUGUAUGGUGUAAAUAAACUUUUGUCUACAUAUCAGUUUUUUAGUGCAUUUUAUUUUGGAUUUGUUGAACAGAAAUUUACAUAUUUAUAAAGUUUUUUUUCAAUACAGAUACUGAAAAUGUAUUCACAGUUUUAAUAGCAUACCGUUAUUACUCCUUUGAAGCUAAUGAUUUCUCAAAUGUAAUAGUAGGUUUGUUUAGUGCUUCUGUAUUUUCUACUCAAGCAUCCUUUGGAACAAUGUAACGUGUAAAUGGGGCUUGUCAGAAAUCUGCCAUCAUAGUCUUUCUUACAUAAAUAUUACGUUUUUUUUUCUAUCUUGUGGCAAAAAGACAACUAGUAGAAAACAGUAAGUUGCCAUACAAAAAAUAAUACAGGGAAAAUGUUUAUUAUAAGUAAUGCAGUCCAUUGCAUGUUUCACAAAACUACUUGUACUAUAGUUCUUCAUAGCAUAUAAAAAAAUGAACUUUAUUCAGGAUUUUUUUUUAAAAUCUUCUCUGUAUAUUCUGUAGCAGAAGGAAAAGGGGAGUGGAUGUAUUUGGUUAGAUGCUUUCUCUCUGGUGUGAAAAAGUGGGAAGUCUGAGGUGAGCUGGUCCCUAGUGCCCUCUGUAGUGGAAAGCCACACCGGUGAUGUCUCCUGCUUUCUCAAAGCCUCAUUAAAGGAAGCACGGUGCUUUAGAAGAAAAAGGACUUCAGCAAUUUUGUCAUCCUUUUAAUGGAUGAUAAGAUUGCAUCUUUCAAUCUAAGGGAAGUACAGGGAGUGGAAAGGAGAUUAGGGUCUUCAAAACUCCUAGAAUGUUUAUUUAGUUUGUUGUUAAACCUAAGCUGCAUGGUCUUGUGUGGUCUGUCAGAAACUCAAGUGAGCUGGCUCCGGCUACCCAUGACCUGGGGGACCCAGCCCUGCAGGCCAUGAGUCCAGGCAGAAACAAAGGUGCUUCAACGCUCGCUCAAGUGCACCAUGAAGCUAGAGCCUUAAAAACCGCCCAGCUCAGGCUGAACUGUCAGAUACUUAUAAUGUUCUCAAUGUAAAGAUGUUAAAAAUAUAUUUUUAACCAGAUUUUAAAAAUAAAAGCAACAUCAGACUAUAACAUAACUAAGGAGUGAUUUUUCUAUAGAAUAAACUUCAUGCUAAUUAUAAUGUAAUUGUAACAUUAAAUGUUUAUUAAAUUUAUAA